AUGUUUCCAAUGAAUGGAGUGAUGGGAACCACCGUAGAAGCCCUGCUAGUAACCUGUCUAGCGUGGACUACUGUGGGUUACGGGGGACAGCGACUCCAAGUAUCACCCAUGGAGACAGAAAUUGACCUACUGGAUAAUCCUUACACUUCGGAGGACCUCGUGGAAGCAGAACGCCAGUACGGUCUGCCACCGCUUGGAUAUCCGGAUCGACCGAAAAAAUUUGAAAGUAGGGAGGAGAAGGAGAACUACGUGGCAGCCCUCAAUACCUACUUCAUGCUCUUUGGGAGGCCAAGGUUUGUGCCGCCGAAGAUUUUAAUUACCGCUUAA